AUGCAAUACAAGACUCUCGCAGCUCUCCUCUUCGCUACCGCGACUGUUGCUCAGACUACUGAGUCCAGCUCUAGCGGUAGCAACGAUGACUACUACGGUUCUGAUGGGUCUAGCGACGGUUUCCUCGAGCUCCCCAUCCCUCCCAGCUCCAUCCUGGCCGUCCUGUCAACCGCUAUCCCGACUUCCUGGCUCAUGAGUAUGGAAACCGACGCGGCAUACGCUUCCGCAGAAUACAGCAAGAUCGCCGAGGGUACCUAUCCAGCCUGGUACAACAGCCUCCCCGAGAGCGUCAAGGACUGGGAGACUUCCGCUGCUAUUGCCGAGGCCUCGGCCAUGUCCAGCCUCUACGGAAGCGCCACGCCCACCAUGGGCUCCAUCACCGGCUCCAUGGGUGCCACCGGUGCCAGCAGCACCGCUGGAGUGUCUUCUACUCCGCUGACUGGAUCGUCUGGCUCGUCUACAAUGGUGACUUCCACCAUGACUACCACUACCACUACCACCUCUACCACUUCCACCUCCAGCUCUGACAGCAGCUCUUCGGGUUCUGCUUCCACCGCUACUACUGGUGGCUCUUCCACCUCUACUGCUGGUGCCCCUGCUGCUACUGGCGGUAUUGCCAUGAGCCUUGCCGGCGCUGCUGGCAUCCUGGGUCUUGCUCUUGCUCUGUAA